AUGGGGAGAAAGAUGCCAAACGGCCGUGACGAUGAGAGUGCCCCAGCAGUGGCAGCUGGCGGAGGUAAAUCGAAGAAGAAGGGUUUUGUAAUUGCAGAUGAUGAGUAUUCUAUUGGAACUGAAAUCUCGGAGGAUGCUGUUGUACCCAAAGAGAGUGUGGCGCUGCCAGUUGGCAACAAGUUUGCUGGGAAAAAGAAGGCUAAGGGCAAGAAGGGCAGCGUGUUUAGUGCUUGGGCAUUUGGAUUAUUGGGAGAUGAUGAAGAUGGGGAUGAUGAUGAGGCGAAGGAUAAUGGUGACGAGGAUGAAGAAGCAGAUGAGCCGGUGAUUGAAUUUUCUGGAAAGAAGAAGAAGCCUUCAAAGAGUAAGAAGGGCAGUGGCGGUGGAUCUUCUGCAUUCGAGUUGCUCGACAACUCUUUUGCGGCUGUGCUUGAUGAAGAAAAUGAUGAGGAUGCUUCCGUUUCAAAAAUUGGGGAUGAUACGGCAGAAGGUGAUGAUGAUGACCAGGAGCAAGAUGUCUCGAAGCAGACAAAUGAAGCUGUUGCGGAUACUUUGAAGAAGAAAAAGAAGGGUGGGAAAACUGGUCAAGAAGAAGAUGACUGGGAUAAAAUCCUCACUGAAUUUGGUGCGGGACCUCCUGAGUCUAAACAUGUUUCAGCUUCUGUGGAUGCUCCAACUGCACCCCCUCCAGAAGACAAGGUAGCGGAAUCUGCAGCUGCAAAGAAGAAAAAAAAGAAGAAGGAAAAAGAAAAGGAGAAAAAGGCAGCAGCUGCUGCCGCUGAAAAACAGAAAGAGACCAAAGCCGAGGAAAGUAAAUUGGCUGGUAAGAAAGUUCCAAAGCAUGUUAGAGAGAUGCAGGAGCGACUUGCCAAACAGAGGGAAGCUGAGGAGAAGAAAAAACGGGAAGAAGAGGAGGAAAGGCUUCGGAAGGAAGAGGAGGAAAGGAUAGCAGAAGAGAAAAAGCGCUUAAAGAAAGAAAGAGAGAAGGAGAAGCUUCUGAAGAAAAAGCAAGAAGGGAAGCUUCUCACUGGGAAGCAGAAGGAAGAAGCUCUUAGGCUAGAGUCAAUGAGGAAGCAAAUACUAGCUAAUGCUAACUUGCAAAUAUCCACAGGAGAAACUGUUGGGGCACCUGCCAAACGACCUCUAUAUCAGAAGAAAAAGCAAAAGCCAGUAGGUCAAUCAAAUGGAGCAGCCACAUCAGACAGUGUUGACAGUGCAGUUUCAGAGGAGAACCAGCAAGAAAUUGUAUCCAGACUGGAUACCGUGGAAAGCGAGAAUGUUGAGGACGUUGCUAAAAAUUAUGGUUCUGAUGUAGUUCAAGAGAAUGUAGUGGAUGAGGAGGAGGAAGAAGAAGAUGAUGACGAAGAAUGGGAUGCUAAAAGCUGGGAUGAUGCUGAUCUGAAAUUGCCAGGAAAAAGUGCAUUUGCUGAUGAAGAAGUUGACUCGGAGCCUGAACCUUUGCCCAAGAAAGAGAUAAAGGGUGCACGUGCUUCAACUCGAGAUGUUGAGGUACCGCACGUUGCAGCCAAGACAGUUGGUAUAACUGCGAAUGUUGCUUCAGUGAUUCCACAGAGAUCUGAGAAUGUGGACGUUAGAAAAAAGAACUCUGAGGCUGAGGAUGCCCACAGGAACAAUAAUAAGGUUCCUGUUCCUGAGAAGAAGGACAAAAAAGAAGUUCUUGACAAGAGAGAGGAACGUCAAAAGUCAGAUAAUCAGCCUGCCCCGAGUGAGCAGAAUUUGCGGUCCCCAGUUUGCUGUAUUAUGGGCCAUGUUGAUAGUGGUAAGACAAAAUUGCUUGAUUGCAUAAGAGGUACUAAUGUCCAAGAAGGUGAGGCUGGUGGGAUUACACAGCAAAUUGGAGCAACCUAUUUCCCUGCUGAGAACAUUCAUGAGAGAACAAAGGAACUCACUGAUGCAAGGCUGAAUGUCCCAGGUCUAUUGGUGAUUGAUACACCUGGUCAUGAAUCCUUUACUAAUAUGCGAUCCAGAGGGUCAGUGUUAUGUGAUCUUGCGAUUUUGGUGGUUGAUAUAAUGCAUGGGCUGGAACCACAAACCAUUGCAUCUCUCAAUCUAUUGAAGAUGAGAAAUACUGAUUUCAUAAUAGCCUUGAAUAAAGUUAAAGAUCAGUUACAGAUUCAAGGUCUAAAUACUGAGUUGUAUUACGAGAACCAAAAAAUGGGUGAAACAGUCAAAAUCGUCCCCACUAGUGCUAAAAGUGGUGAAGGUGUCCCUGACUUGCUGUUCGUGCUGAUUCAAUGGGCACAGAAGAAAAUGAUUAAAAGACUUACAUACAGUAGUGAAGUGCAGUGUACUGUCUUGGAGGUCAAAGUUACUAAAGAACAUGGGACAACAAUUGAUGUGGUUCUGGUGAAUGGCGUGCUUCAUGAAGGAGAUCAAAUAGUUGGACCAAUUGUGACCACAAUUAAAGCCUUAUCAAAACCACAUCCGAUGAAGGAGCUCCGAGUGAAGGGGUCUUAUUUGCAUCAUAAAGAAAUCAAGGCUGCGCAGGGUAUCAAGAUCACAGCCCAGGACCUUGAGCAUACAAUUGCAGGGACCAGUCUUUAUGUUGUGGGGCCACAUGAUGAUUUGGAAAACAUCAAAGAAGCAGUUAUGGAAGAUAUGAAGUCAGUAAUGAGUAGAAUUGACAAAUGUGGUGAGGGGGUCUAUGUUCAAGCGUCUACUCUUGGGUCGUUAGAAGCAUUGCUGGAGUUCUUGAAGACUCCGGUAGUUAAUAUACCUGUCAGUGGCAUAAGCAUAGGGCCAGUACACAAGAAAGAUGUAAUGAAGGCGAGUGUGAUGCUUCAGAAGAAAAAGGAAUAUGGGACAAUAUUGGCUUUUGAUGUUAAAGUAACCAAAGAAGCUCAGGAGCUAGCUGAUGAGCUUGGUGUAAAGAUAUUUGAUGCGGACAUUAUUUACCACUUAUUCGAUCAAUUUAAGGCUUACAUUGAUAAUCUCAAGGAAGAGAGGAAGAAAGAGGCUUCUAAAGAAGCAGUUUUUCCAUGUGUCCUCAAGAUAAUGCCAAACUAUGUGUUCAACACGAAGGAUCCCAUUAUCUUGGGAGUUGAUGUCCUUAAAGGCACAGUGAAGGUUGGGACUCCUAUAUGUGUUCCUCAAAAAGAUUUCAUUGAAAUUGGUCGGAUAGCUACUAUUAAGAAUAAUAACAAGCCUGUUGAUUACGCCAAGAAGGGCCAGAAGGUGUCCAUUGAGAUUAUUGCCAGCAAUUCCGAGGAAAAGCAGAAGAUGUUUGGCAGGCAUUUCGAGAUGGAGGAUGAGCUUGUGAGCAAAAUCAGUAGAAGCUCACUUGACGCUGUCAAAGAAAAUUACAAGGAUGAUUUGUCUACUGAAGAGACAAGGCUGUUGUUUGAACUGAAAAGGCUCUUCAAGAUAACGUGA